UGCGGUGAGCUGGAGCAGUCUUAUUCGUCCACCAAAAGGUCAGUCCAGCCCCGUCAAUCAAUAAACUUACCAAAUCGAGGUGAUCCACGGCAUUUACUGCCCCACCAUCUUCAAGCCGUCCGCUAAAACAAUAAUGAGCACUCAGACCCAACCCGAAGAGGAUCCUCCCAUUUUUAAGCACCUCAACCCCAAGACUCAAGGACUUCUCAGACAAGUGAUCAAGUCAAAGCAGCAGCACGAUCAUCAAGACACAAUGGCCUCCGAGCAGACUUUCAUUGCCAUCAAGCCCGACGGCGUUCAGCGCGGUCUCGUCGGCCCCAUCAUCAGCCGCUUUGAGAGCCGUGGCUACAAGCUUGCCGCCAUCAAGCUUGUCACCCCCUCCAAGGCUCACCUCGAGCAGCACUAUGGCGACCUGAAGGAGAAGCCUUUCUUCCCCGGUCUCAUCACCUACAUGCUUAGCGGUCCCAUCUGCGCCAUGGUCUGGGAGGGCCGUGACGCCGUCAAGACCGGCCGAACUCUCCUCGGUGCCACCAACCCCCUUGCCUCUGCCCCCGGCACUAUCCGUGGUGACUUCGCCAUUGACGUUGGCCGUAACGUCUGCCACGGCUCCGACAGCGUCGAGACCGCCAAGAAGGAGAUUGCCCUCUGGUUCAAGGACGAGGAGGUCGUCUCAUACAAGUCCUCCCAGUUCGACUGGAUCUACGAGAAGCCUUAAAUAGGUCAUUCAGGUAGUCGUAUUCCGUUGGCUUUUGGGUUAUUAAAUUAGGCAAAUCCAUCGGAUGUGAAAAUAAUAGAAUAAAUAUCAAAAUACUGCAUGUCCUGCCCCGCACUUGUGCAAUGUUGUUAUAGUUUACCGUUUACCGUUUACCAAGAG